CUCAAAUGUUACCCCUGCAGCGUCCUUGCAGGAUGGUUGUAAAAAGCCUGAAGUUAUGAAGAUUAGGACAAAAGUGCCUCGAUAGAGACAUUCGCCGAGAGACAAUAGGAUGGCGUCACCUCAUGACCGCGGCCGGAAAGAUGAUGAGGAUGACCCUGUUGAGCAGAUGAUAUCGCGCACCGGCUGCGCUGAGCUUCAUUACGCCAUCCAGGAAUGCAUGGCUGAACAUCAGGACUGGCGAGCAUGUCAAAGCCAAGUUCAGAUGUUCAAAGACUGCAUGAUGAAUUUCCAAAAGGCCCGAAAAGAACAGCUGAGGCAGCAGCAGCAGCCGCCCUCCACCAAGUCUGCGGCCAGCUGAAUUCAGAACAUCUUGCAAACACAUACAGUGCUGUGUUUGGGACUUGACUGACAACCUUAAAUUGCAAAGACUGUACCUAAUUUAAUCAUUAGUAAUGAAAAUAAAGCUCUGGCAGUAUCAUAAAAUCCCUACUUACAGUCUCAAGUGUGUGAUUUAGAGCCUGACUGAUAAUUGGGAUUUAAACGGCAAUAUGAAAUAUCACUUAACUUCAAUUAGCUUGUGUUUAAGUGUGUAUGUAUGUAAAGAAAUGCCAUACUAUGUGAUUUGUGAAUCAAAGUGCAUUUGAAAGUUAUCUUUUCAG